CGGGAGGCGCGUGUCCCGCAGUGGGGGCGGUGCGGCCGUGGGGCCUCUUCCCGGGGCUCCCCUUCCGCGCGCCCGGUGAGCUCGUUUGUCCCCGCGGGCCCCCGCCGGGUGCCGAGCCUGUGCGCAUUCCAGCCCCCUGCGGGGCGGAGCCGGUGCCCGCGGUCGCCGCGCCACGCGCCCCUGCGUCCGUCCUGAGACCCGGGCCCUGAGGGCGGCCCGCGCCCCGUGUCAGGGCCCUGCCCGCGGCUGGCGGGCAGCCGGGGGUCCCUGCCGCCGCUGUCCGCGCAUCUUCUCCGGGGCCGUGAGCCGUGUCCGCACAGCGCCCGGUGGUGGGAGGAGCCCGAGCAGCCCGAGGCCGAGGCGGAGAUGGCGGCCGCCCAGGGACUGUUGACCUUCGGGGACGUGGCCGUCAGGUUCUCCCAGGAGGAGUGGGAAUGCCUGGCGCCUGCCCAGCGGGCCUUGUACAGGAGCGUGAUGCAGGAGAACUACAGCAACCUGGUCUCUGUGGUGUCUUCUCAUUACAAAAAAGCCUUGUUACCCCAGCAAGCCAUAAAAGACUCAUUCCAAACAGUGCUCCUGGAAAGAUAUGGGAGCUGUGACCUUGGGGACUCACACUCGAGUACACACCAGGAUGGGGACGCUGAGCGUGGAUGGCAGGACGGCUGUCACGAAGGAGUGCAGGGUCACGGAAAGUAUCCCCGGGACAAGGCCCUCCGCAUCUGUGGCAUCCCACAUCCUGGGGUGACUCAGGACACAACCCAGUUUGAGUCAGUUACUGCUGCAGAAGAAUGUGCUUCUGUGAGUAGAUGUCAUCAUCCAGUUUGGAAGCAUAACUUUUCUCUUAAAGGACACUUGGAAAAUCUCAGAAUGCAGUAUUGCUAUGGUGUAGGUAAGAACUUCAAUCAUUUAAAAUACAUUACAUUAGACACUCAGUCAUAUGAUUCUGAGGACCAACGGUGUAAUGAAGAAAAAAUGUGUAAAUAUGUCAAAAUUGAAAGUUCCUUGGUCAAGGAUUUAUUAUUCUUACAUGAACCAGUAACGCCCACUCAUGCUGAAACCUACAGUUUUAAGAACUGUCAGAGAGACUGUCUCCACCCAUCAUUGCUUAGUGAAUAUAAGUGUACAGACAGUGAGCAAGAACCUUACAUGUAUAAUAAAACUAAGCAGGCCUUUAGGAAGGGCUCUCUAUUAAAUGAUUGGCAAGGUAUUUACAUUCGAGAGAGAACAUACCCCUCUAUGAAACUUGGAAUAAAUAAUAACAAAGGAUCAGUCCAUCAACAACAUCAGAGAACUGAGAUUCCAGGAAACCACUACCAAAGCAGUAAAUGUGGACAAGUCUUCAAGGAGUGGUCAAACGCUGUUACACCUCAGGAUAUCCACAUUGGAGAGACACGUCACAAAUACAAGGAAUAUGGCAAAACUUUUAAACAUUUCGCAGAAGUGGUUGUGCAUGACAGAAUUCACACUGGUGAGAAAGCUUGCAAAUACAAAGAAUAUGGGAAAGACUUUAGUGAAUCUUCCCAUCGAAGUAGUCACGAGAGAAUCUGUACUGCAGAACAACCAAACAAAUGUAAAGAAUGUAGCAUAUCCUUUACUUAUUCCUCAGGUCUUACUUUGAGCCAGAGAAUUCAUAAGGAAGAGAGGCCUUACAAGUGUAAAGAAUGUGGCAAAGCCUUUAAGUGGGACUCAUCUCUUAAUCGGCAUCAGACAGUUCAUUCUGGACAGAGACCUUACAAAUGUAAAGAUUGCAGUAAGUCCUUUACCUGUUUCGCAUACUUGACUCAGCACCGGAAAGUUCAUACAGGACAGAUGCCUUACAAGUGUAAAGAAUGUGCAAAAGCCUUUAGGUGGUCCUCACACUUUAUUCGGCAUCACAGAAGUCAUUCUGGACAGAGACCUUACAAAUGUAAAGAAUGUGGCAAAUGCUUUUCUACAUCCUCAAUUCUUAAGAAGCAUGAGACAAUUCACACUGUAGAGAAGCCAUACAAGUGUAAAGAAUGUGGCAAAGCCUUUAAGUGGGGCUCAUACUUGAAUGAACAUCUGAGAGUUCAUUCUGGAGAGAAACCUUUCCAGUGUGAGGAAUGUGGCAAAGCCUUUAAACGGGGCUCAACCCUUACUAAACAUCAGAGAAUUCAUUCUGCUGAGCAUUAGAGAAUUCAUUCUUGACAGAAACAUUUCAAAUGUGUAGAAUGCAGCAGGUCCUUUUGUUGUUCCUCACGUCUAACUUUGAACCAGAGAAUUCAUACUGGAGAGAAGCCUUACAAGGGUGAAGAAUGUGGGAAUGACCUUACGUGGGGCUCAUCUCUUACUCAGCAUCAGAGAAUUCAUUCAUGGCAGAGACAUUGCAAAUGUAAGAACUGCAGUGAGUCCUUUUCCUUAUUGACUGAGCACCAGAGAGUUCAUACAGGAGAGACGCCUUACAAGUGUACAGAAUGUGGAAGAGCCUUUAUGUGGUCCUCAAACUUUUCUUGGCAUCAGAGAAGUCAUUCUAGACAGAAGCCUUACAAAUGUACAGAAGGUGGCAAGUCCUUUACUGCAUCCUUAAAUCUUAAGAAGCAUGAGAUAAUUCAUACUGUAGAGAAGCCUUAGAAGGGUAAGGAAUGUGUCAAUGCCUUUAAGUGCAAUUUACAUCUUACUGAACAGGAGAGAAUUCAUUCUGGACAGAAGCCUUAACAAAUGCACAGUAUGUAGCAACUCCUUUACUGGUUCCUCAAAUCUUCCUGUGAAUGAGAGAAUUCAUAGUGGAGAGGUGCUUACUAGUGUAAGCAAUGUGGAAAAGGUUUUAGUAGUUCAUCAAGUGUUAAUAAACAGAAGAACAUUGAAACUGGAGUGAAAUUUUACAAGUGCAAACAAUGUAACAGCAUUUGCCCAGUCCUCAGUCCCUACUCCAUAUGAGGGAAUUCACUCUGGAGAGAAACCUUACAAAUGUAAAAUAAAGAAUGCAGGAAAUGUG